AUGGACGAUGAUGGUGUGCCACUUUGCAAUGACUGUUACUACCUCGGCUACCUGGAGGAGAUUCCUCUUUCCAUGGUCACCAUGGACACGUGCUAUGGGGGCCUUGAAGGUAUCAUGAAGUUGGAUGACCUUGCCUAUGAAAUCAGACCCCUCAGCGAUUCCCAAUGGUUUGAACACGUUGUUUCUCAGAUAGUGGCAGACACCAACGCAACGGGACCUACUUACAGACUGAGGUAUAAGGACGAUGGGGACCCCCUGCUCUCUCAAGUAAAUGUCAGUGGAGCCCCCAGGAUCUCUAGUAAGUUGUAUUCAUCCCAUCAAGGAAUUUUGAAAGGACUCACUCUCAGUUCCAAAACAAUGUAUACUGUGUUCAAUAACGUCUCAAAAUGUGCCCAAUUCUUAAUAAGGCUAGUUAGUUUGACUGACUCAAUGCUUCAAAGUAUUGACAUAAGGCAUUAUAUUUCCUCCAUGGUCAUUUAUAAUCAGGCAGAUCCAGUUGCCUUAGACAGUUUUCACGUUCCAGGGAGUCCAAUUCAUAACUAUUUUGAAAUAAACUUGUUUAGGGCUUUUAAACCACACACAACUUUACUUAUGAACAAAGAUGCGCCACAUGAACUUGAGUUUCAGCCAGUCAUGUAUGGAAUAUGCAGCGAAAGAUCCCUCAUCUCUCUUGCUUCUCUAGGCAGACAUUUUUUAUUGUUGUCUGUUUUAGUAACACAAAAAAUUGCCUUAUCUAUUGGUAUUCUUUAUGACCAUUCGUUUUGUGUAUGCCAGAGGAGGUCCACCUGCAUUAUGAAUAGAUACCCUGUGAUGACAGAUUCUUUCAGUAACUGUUCCUUUGUUCAUAUGCAGAAUGUAGUGGCUACUAAAGCUAACUGCAUGUUCAUCCAAGAUAUGUUCUAUUUCAAUAAAAGCCUGACCCACGAUCGUUGUGGGAACUAUGAGGUGGAACCAGGCGAGCAGUGUGACUGUGGCUCCUUCAAGCAGUGCUACAACAAUCGCUGCUGUGCAAGUAAUUGUAUCUUAACCCCUGGCAGCAAAUGUAGCACAGGCAGAUGCUGUACGAACUGUACCUAUUCCGCUGCUGAGACACUCUGCAGACCAAUCCAAAAUAUAUGUGAUCUUCCAGAGUACUGCCGUGGGAUGACCUCGUUUGGAAAAAAUGCUGUGAAAGGUGAAGAUGUCUGCUAUAUCAUAAAUCAAAAAGGCAGCCGAUAUGGACACUGCAGAAGAUCCCCAGAGGAAUUCAAAUCUAAACCCUGUUCCCACACAGACAUGCAGUGUGGAAGGCUGCAGUGCAGUAAUGUCACUCAUCUCCCUCAGUUGCAAGAGCAUGUUGGAUUCCAUCAAUCUAAGAUCUCAGGGUUCUGGUGUUUUGGCCUGGAUUCACAUCGUAGCACAGGAACAACUGAUAUUGGUCAUGUGAGAACUGGUACCCCCUGUGCUCCUGGAAAGUUCUGUCAGGAUACCUACUGCAAUGGCAGUGUGGCUCUGCUGAAUUAUGACUGUAUCCCUGAAAAAUGCAGUCACAGAGGGAUGUGCAACAAUAACAGGAACUGCCAUUGCCACAUAGGCUGGGAUCCUCCACGGUGCACUAAACGAGGUGCUGGUGGGAGCACGGACAGUGGACCCCCUCCAAGAAGAAUGCGGUCAGUCAGGCAAAGCCAUGAAUCAGUGGUGUAUCUCAGAGUGAUCUGUGGUAGAAUUUAUGCCUUAAUCGCUGUGUUCCUCUUUGGCAUUGCCACAAAUGUCAAAACUAUCAAGACAGUGAAAGUCAAUGAAGAGAUCAUUGGUGAGGACAAUCCAGAAUUCAUCCCACGGAACCCUGCAAUCCACUUGUAGCAUCUGAAAAUACAAUAAAGAAGCCGCAUAGCUGACAUCCACAUUUCCGCAGGUCUGCAGGAGACAGUGGUCCCCAGGCACAUCAUGUCUCUGACACCAGGUCUCUGCUGGGCCACUGACCAGCACUCUGAAAUAAAAGUUAAAACCGCA